CAUACAGUUACCACAGAGAAUAGAAAUGAUUAUAAAAUAUAAUGAAAGAUCAGUAACACGUCAGGUAGGAUCCUGUCAUCUGGAGAAGAUGACCUGCAAAAUGAUGCUCGUGGUGGCGACCCUUGGUGUGAUGUCUCUCUUCAUGGGAACAAUGGCAACUGGACAAAAGGGCACGUGUGAGAAAGAUUGUGAUGCAAGCAUAGUAAAUGCUUUCAAUCAAUUCGGCCUUGAUUUGCACAUGGAUAUGAUCAAAGAUGACCUCAAUACUAAUCUGUUGUUUAGUCCAUAUAGCAUUGCCACAUGCUUUAUGAUGGUUCUGUUAGGUUCUGCCGGGGAUACUUCCGACUCCAUUGCAAAGAUCUUCCAUGUAGAUGGUAUGACAGGAACAGUCCAUAGCAUAAGAAAAUGCCUGGAUGAUUCAAUAAAUGGCAAGACAUCUGUUAAGCUGAACACAGUCAACCGUAUCUAUCCUGACUUGACCUUACAUUUACUUCCCUCCUUCGUGACUGACAUUCUCAAAUAUUUUGGGACAGCUGCCAGGAUUGAAAAACUUAAUUUCAAAGACACUGAAAGAAGUGUUAAAUAUAUAAAUGACUGGAUAGCGAAUGUCACCAACAACAAACUUAAGGAUGUCAUCCGGCCAGGAGAAGUUGAUGCCAGUACUGUAAUUGUGCUGGUCAAUGCAAUCUAUUUCAAAGGUGCAUGGAAAUACAAAUUUGAUAAAGCCCUUACAGAAAAAGUAGAUUUCUAUGUUUCAGCAGAUAAAGUUGUACAAGUUUGCAUGAUGACACGUCCUCCCACUUUCUUUAAAUACAGAUACAGCCCUUCAUCUAUCCUAGAUGCUCAAAUUGUGGAACUCCCAUAUGUUGGAGACUGUGUAAGUAUGGUCAUAAUACUCCCAAAUAAUGGCUCCACCACUAUUGAAGAAUUGGAAGCAAAACUAGACUCAAAAACACUGGAAAGUGAAUUAAAGGAUCUGGUGCCUAAUAGAAACAUCACUGUAUAUCUUCCAAAGUUCAAGCUAAAGGAGAGGUAUACUUUGAACAAAAACUUGAAAAGAAUGGGUAUGCAUCAUGUGUUUGGCAGGGCCGACCUGAGCAAUAUGGGAAAUGAUAGCAGGCUGUCAAUUGAUGGAGUCAUUCAUGAGGCUUUCAUAGAAGUCAAUGAGGAAGG